UGGUUACAGUCUGGGUAGGCCAACGGUAGUUUACUUACUGUCGCUUGUUUUGGCUGUCCAACCGUACUUUGUGGCCCAGGGUAAGGGGACUUUCUUAGUAUGUAAGCAAGGGUUUACUAUAGUUGAAGAAAAACUAGUUAGUGAUGGUAACGUUUACAAAACCUUGUCUCUAGAUGGACAGUUUGACUUUUUGCUCCCUGAGUCGUGUUUAGUAGAGUUAGAGAAGCGAGAAGAAAAGGGGUAGUUAAGGGAGUCGCUGUGGAAGGGGUGCUAGCCUGGAAUGGCUUAGCUAUUAGUAGAGCUAUAGGACAGGAAAUCGGCGCGAGCUGUUUCAAGGAGGAAUUGAAUGAAGCUUAAUUAGCCCCUGUACGGGAGUCGGUCACCAUUUGUUGCACACUGGUACAUCCGCUAGGCGUUUAACGUGUGGUUUCCCAGAGUGGAGAUAGGAAGGGUCAGUCCAGGGCACUCAAGGUUCAGUUCAGUAAAAGUAACCACUUAAGAAAACGAAAAUACAUGUUUGUUCUGAAAGCGUGACCCUCGGAAUCUUAGGCCUCACUACGUAGAUCCCCAGAUUUGGCAUCUUCCCCGAUCCCCAGGUGACUUGUUUAGAAUUUGAGAUGAAGCAGAAUAUUAAGCUAACUUCUCGGAUCGCGGUCUACAGUAAAGACGGAGAUUGGAAUGUUGACUAAUUCAUCCAAUCGGAGUCUAGUAGUAAUUCACCAAUCACGUCUUUCCCUCUUUAGCCAAUGGUUUUUUUGCGCGGGACUUUUGAAAAAUGCAAGACCAAUCGGAAGGUUUCUGAGUCUAUAUAAUGGUAAAGUCUUCAGGCUUACUUCUCAGUUUAGUUUUACUCCUGAACUCCCCGUAAGAUGGCUCGCACGAAGCAGACGGCGCGCAAGUCGACCGGCGGCAAGGCCCCGCGCAAGCAGCUGGCCACCAAGGCGGCCCGCAAGAGCGCGCCGGCCACGGGCGGCGUGAAGAAGCCGCACCGCUACCGGCCCGGCACGGUGGCCCUGCGCGAGAUCCGGCGCUACCAGAAGUCCACCGAGCUGCUGAUCCGCAAGCUGCCGUUCCAGCGGCUGGUGCGCGAGAUCGCGCAGGACUUCAAGACCGACCUGCGCUUCCAGAGCUCGGCCGUCAUGGCGCUGCAGGAGGCGUGCGAGGCCUACCUGGUGGGGCUCUUCGAGGACACCAACCUGUGCGCCAUCCACGCCAAGCGCGUCACCAUCAUGCCCAAGGACAUCCAGCUGGCGCGCCGCAUCCGCGGCGAGAGGGCGCUCCCCGGGCAGCAGCAGGCGCACGGCCGUCUGGAUCUCCCUGGACGUGAUGGUCGAGCGCUUGUUGUAGUGCGCCAGGCGGGACGCCUCGCCCGCGAUGCGCUCGAAGAUGUCGUUGACGAACGAGUUCAUGAUGCCCAUGGCCUUGGACGAGAUGCCGGUGUCGGGAUGCACCUGCUUCAGCACCUUGUACACGUACACCGAGUAGCUCUCCUUGCGGCUGCGCUUGCGCUUCUUGCCGUCCUUCUUCUGCGCCUUGGUCACCGCCUUCUUGGAGCCCUUCUUCGGGGCCGGCGCCGACUUGGCGGGUUCAGGCAUGAUGAGGAUCUAACACCUAAACCUACUAAAGUGAAAGUUGGGAGCCGGGGCGAGGGACCUUUCAGUUGUAAAUCCGGUUUGCAGUCUUUCACCAUGGCUCGCACGAAGCAGACAGCACGCAAGUCGACCGGCGGCAAGGCCCCGCGCAAGCAGCUGGCCACCAAGGCGGCCCGCAAGAGCGCGCCGGCCACGGGCGGCGUGAAAAAGCCGCACCGCUACCGGCCCGGCACGGUGGCCCUGCGCGAGAUCCGGCGCUACCAGAAGUCCACCGAGCUGCUGAUCCGCAAGCUGCCGUUCCAGCGGCUGGUGCGCGAGAUCGCGCAGGACUUCAAGACCGACCUGCGCUUCCAGAGCUCGGCCGUCAUGGCGCUGCAGGAGGCGUGCGAGGCCUACCUGGUGGGGCUCUUCGAGGACACCAACCUGUGCGCCAUCCACGCCAAGCGCGUCACCAUCAUGCCCAAGGACAUCCAGCUGGCGCGCCGCAUCCGCGGCGAGAGGGCUUAAGUCUCUGCAAGGGGAGCGCCAA